CUACCCUGAAAUUUAGGUGACCUUUGUUUGUGGGUUUUGAAUCACGAUCGGUUGCAACCCAGUUCUGUGCGGUUUUAACUGCGAAACGCUGGAUUUUUUCGGUGGUUGUCCCCCGUAUGCCGUCUCGGUUCAUGCCCUAGGAUUCCCCGUCUUCCGUCUCGGUUCGUCCCCGCAGCGAGCCGCUGCCAUCAUUGACCUCCUUCUCCCGUCGUCCUCUCCGCCUACGUUACAAAGCCCGUAACGACUCCGGCGUAUCUUUCCGCCAGCUUCCCCAAGGCUCAGAGAAAGUUCAACUGCUGUCAUUUGAGGAAAAAUGUACUUCGACAGAUAUGAUUAUCUUGGAAAUUCCUUUGAGCAGACAUAUCGCUGCUAUCCAACAUCUUUUAUUGAUAAGCCACAACUGGAAGGUGGUGACAAAAUUAUAAUGCCUCCCUCAGCCCUAGACCGCCUUGCAUCUUUGCAUAUUGAAUAUCCAAUGUUAUUCGAACUGCGCAAUGCGGCAACCGAGAGGAUUUCUCAUUGUGGUGUGCUGGAGUUUAUUGCUGAGGAAGGGAUGGUUUACAUGCCAUAUUGGAUGAUGCAAAAUUUGCUUUUACAAGAGGGGGAUAUUGUCCAAAUUAAGAAUGCCACUCUGCCAAAGGGAACAUAUGUCAAGCUGCAGCCACACACAAAAGACUUCUUAGAUAUUUCAAACCCCAAGGCCAUCUUGGAAACGACGUUGAGGAAUUACUCUUGCUUGACUACGGGUGACAGCAUCAUGGUCCCAUAUAAUAAAAAGAAGUAUUACAUCGAUAUCGUUGAAACAAAGCCUACUUCUGCAAUUAGCAUUAUUGAGACGGAUUGUGAGGUGGAUUUUGCUCCCCCGCUGGACUAUAAAGAACCUGAACGGUCCCAACCGUCCGGUCUCUCUAAAAAAGCCCAAGUUCAAGUUCCAGAUGGUCAAGCCGAACCAAUUGCUGAAUGAACCGAAGUUCAAUCCUUUUAGUGGUUCAGCAAGGCGGCUGGAUGGAAAGCCUUCAACUCAUGCUCCAGGUAUGCCUAACCUCUCGAAGUAUGGCCAGUCGGAGCAAGGAAAUGGCUUGAUGGGUUCGAUGACGGCCGCCGCACAGAAUUCUGCUUCACGCCAAACCUCAGGGAAGCUGGUCUUUGGUUCAAGUGCUAGCCAUGCCCCCAAGGAAAAUGUGCCCAAGGAAGAUGCUUCGAAGAAAGAAGAGCCCAAAUUCGAGGCAUUCAAGGGGAGGAAGUACUCAUUAAAAGACUGAUGAUAAGCUUAUAGCAUGUUUUAUCAAAUGACUAGCAGUGUUCAUAUUUUCUUUUGAAACAAUUUAUGUUAUUGUAUAGUCGUUUUAAUCACUGUAACUAUUAUAGCUAUAUUCCCUUAAUAGACUGAUGAUGAUAA